AUGUCCGCCAAGUCAAUCUUCGAGGCCGACGGCAAGGCCAUCCUCAACUACCACCUCACUCGCGCCCCCGACAAGGCCCCUAAGGAUGUCCUUGACCAGGCUGAGGUCAACUACCCAUGGCUGCUCACUGCCGGCGCCAAGUUCGUCGCGAAGCCCGAUCAAUUGAUCAAGCGCCGUGGUAAGAGCGGUCUGCUUGCCCUGAACAAGACCUGGGCUGAGGCCCGUGAGUGGGUUGAGGCUCGCGCUGGCAAGGAUGUCCAGGUUGAGCACAUCGUUGGUGUUCUCCGUAACUUCCUCGUCGAGCCCAUGGUUCCCCACGCUCAAGAAACUGAGUCCUACGUCUGCAUCAACUCCGUCCGUGAGGGUGAUUGGAUCCUCUUCUACCACGAGGGUGGUGUUGAUGUCGGUGAUGUCGAUGCUAAGGCCGAGAAGCUCCUGAUUCCCGUCGACCUGAAGAAGUUCCCCUCCAACGAGGAGAUUGCCUCUGGCCUUCUGAGCAAGGUUCCCCAGGGUCUCCACAACGUCCUGGUUGACUUCAUUGUCCGCCUGUACGCCGUCUACGUCGACUCCCAGUUCACCUACCUCGAGAUCAACCCCCUGGUUGUCAUCCCCAACGCCGAUGCUACCUCCGCUGAGGUCUACUUCCUGGAUCUGGCUGCCAAGCUCGACCAGACUGCCGAGUUCGAGUGCGGCACCAAGUGGGCUAUUGCCCGCAGCCCCGCCGCCCUGGGCCUGCCCUCCAUUGCCUCCACCGAUGGCAAGGUCAACAUUGACGCUGGUCCGCCAAUUGACUUCCCCGCUCCCUUCGGUCGUGAGAUGAGCAAGGAGGAGAAAUUCAUCUCCGAUAUGGACGCCAAGACCGGUGCUUCCCUGAAGCUGACCGUUCUGAACGCCAGCGGCCGUGUCUGGACCCUGGUUGCCGGUGGUGGUGCUUCCGUCGUCUACGCCGAUGCCAUUGCCUCCGCUGGUUUCGUCUCUGAGCUUGCCAACUACGGCGAGUACUCCGGUGCUCCCUCCGAGGGCCAGACCUACUCCUACGCUAAGACCGUUCUGGACCUGAUGCUGCGUGCUCCCCAGCACCCCGAGGGCAAGGUCCUCUUCAUUGGUGGUGGUAUUGCCAACUUCACCAACGUUGCUUCCACCUUCAAGGGUGUCAUCCGCGCCAUCCGCGACGUCGCCCCCGUCCUCGUUGAGCACAAGGUCCAGAUCUGGGUCCGCCGCGCUGGCCCCAACUACCAGGAGGGUCUGAAGAACAUCAAAUCCGCCGGUGUCGAGCUGGGUCUGGACAUGCACGUGUACGGCCCUGAGAUGCACGUCAGCGGUAUCGUGCCGCUGGCUCUGCAGGGCAAGAAGACCGACAUCAAGGAGUUCGGUGCUUAA